CCAAGUGCCACACUACCGCUCCGAGAGACGUCAUUAGUGUUGCAUGAGAACAAACAGAAAGUCUCACGAUUAACUGCGAGACUUGGUGUCUGCUCUCCAAAAUAUUUAGGAAGGUCUAAAGAGACACAUCCGAUGGGGGAGGACCCACCGACGCACGGAGACGCACGGGACAAGGUAAAUGAAACAAAGGGAAGAGAAGGGAGAAAAGGAGAAGGAAAGGAGGAAAAGAAGAGCUGCACACCUGCCGUCAUGAGACUGACUGACAGAAGUUAAGUUGCUCCUCAUAUCCUCACGCGCGCUCACACUCAUGUUGUACCUGAUGGGAUGUUUUGCACGAGCUGUGCGUCUCACGAGCUGCAGCUAAUAUAGCGCGCGCGCGCACACGCACACACACACACACACACACACAAACACACACACACACACACACACACACACACACACUCUAAGACGGAUGCUGUGUUCUCCAGAUGAUCGGUGGGAUCGGCUGUCCACUGGUUUUGUGGUGGAUUGCACCAUGGUGCCAUGACAGGGGCGUAAUCUCAUGCGCACAUUCUAAAGCAUCAGUGAUGCUGGAGGUGAGGAUGAGGAGGAUGAGGAGGAUGAGGAGGAUGAUGAUGCAGAGGCAGCAGCAGUCUGAGGCUGCGGGGGCAGGUACCUCUCUGAGGUUUGACUGACGUGUUUGUUAUUAGGCGAAUACGCAGUUAAUAACAACGUGCUGUCAGUCUGUCACAUGCAUGCGCACAUGGAGCAGGUCGCCAGUGCAACACGCCAGAAGGAAAUCACUGCUACUCCCAAAUUCCCACAGCUUGAGCAAAACAACGCACCUGCAUUAGUGUGUCCAUAAAGGUUCAGCUUGAAGUUACAAAGUAAUGUGCAGUGGAUCAACUAAUGCACGUAACGUAUAACAAGAUAAAAUACUAUGCAUAGUUUCAACCAUACAAUAUAACGGAGUAUUCGGGCCACUUAAAACCAUCUCAAAUUUAGAGAAUAAAGUCUUGAUAUUAGGAGGAUAAUCUAUAGAUUGAGAAUUAAGUCAUAAACAUAGAGAAAAAAGUCUUAAUUUUAUAAGAGUAAUGUAUGUCAAAAAAUAGUAUGAGAAUAAAUCAUAAUCUAACAAGAAAAAGUCUUAAUUUGAUAAGAAUAAAGUGUUAAUAUUGCAAGAAAAAAGUUCGAAUAAUAUGUGAAAUAUUGGUGGAACCAGGCUUCAAUCAGUGGUAUGCUUUUUGUAUAUCUUCCCCAUAAGGUAUGUAUAUGUUAAAUAAGAUGGGACCCAAAGUGAACUCUUGGGGGACUCCACAAAACAGAGGAGCACAGGAAGAGGAGGCUUCUCCAAGCACAACAGAGAAAGACCUAUUUAUUUAAUAGGUCAGCCAACCCAGUGCCACAUCCAUGAUACCCACGCUUCAUGUUUUGACCAUCACAACCACCGUCUUCAUGUGAGAAACCUCAUUCGGGGGGAGAGAUAAUGUAAACAUAGCACCUUUAGAAAAGCAAUAAUAUGUCAGUGCCUCCUAGUGCCACUUUAAAAUAAAUAAGGUUAUUUGUUCACCCCUCUCCUUUGGUUGGUUUGUCAGCAAGAUUAGGAAAAAACAAACUGGACAAGAAACCCAUUAAAUAUCGCGAUGGAUCUAGGACUUUGUCUUUUUCACUUUCUUCAACUUUGUGAGAUAGGACUUUUCUUUUUUUUUCACCAAUUCUACAAAGAAUAAAUCGUGAAUCUUUAUGAUGCAUAAUCUUUGACUUUAUCCAAUUUGGUUAGACUCGGAUGAAUUCCAGGGGAGUGUUGGGCCUUGGUGGAGGUGUGCAGGUUGCUGAGGGCCAUUCCUGUUCUUGUGUUUUAGAACGAGAAAUAACAUUUGAAUAAAGAGUAAAUUGCUACAGCAAACAGAAAGUAAAAGUGCAGUUUUGAGCAUUUCAACGGAAGCACACUGUGAGAUCUCAUCAGCCGCAGCAGUUCAAGCUCCACAUGAUGAGAAGAUAAAGAGAAAUGGGCAAAUAUCUUUUCACCAUCUUGUUUAUGUGCGAAGCUGCAGCUUCUGAAGCUUGACUUUUUAACAGAGGAUAACUCUGUCGGCGAGAUCUUUUGAUAACCAGCUGUAGGUUGUAUUGAAGAUUUGUUUGCAUUUUCCAAACAGAAAGUAAGUGAAGAUGCUCCUGUUGCUGGAUCUCUGUGCAGAACAGAAUAUUUGAUUUGGGGAGAUACAGCCUUAAAAUGGCCUGAUAACUUCCGAGUGGUUGAAGGUAAUCUUGCUUCUUCCUGUGAUCUCAUCACCGCAGUGUUAAUAGAAGUUGCAUGGGGGGAUGCUUUCAAGGGACAGCUCACUGCACAGGUUACUAUUAUUGUGACAUCUCUUGAGAUGGCACGCACAUCCAGUGCCAGCUUCACUCAGCAGAGCAGAGGAGCUGCCAGCGGUGGAGAUUUCAGAUAAAAGCUGCCGGAGGUGCGAGGGAACUAGUGCGCAGUUUGAAAAUGCUACAGAACUGAGUGAGGAAGAGGCAGGGCGUACUGCGACUCACUAAUUGUGUUUCAAAUUGGGUCUUUGAGUGCACAAUGGGGAAUGGGAUUGCUCUGAGCUCCCCACUGAAGCACCCAAGGAUGAGAAAGUUGUCAGAUUUGUAGGUCAGGCUGCAGGGGUUGUUGUCAGGCAGACUCGCUCCCAGCUCCAGAUAUCCCACUGGUUUGAUUCUGGGCUACAUUUGAUGAUGAGUGUGUGUUUUUUGGUUCACCCCGUCCCCUAUUUCAACUUUCAUAUCACCAUGCAACUCUUGCUUUUGUAGAUAAUUUCCUUUGUCUGAAGUUGUCUCCUUUUCUUUUCUCUGUGUGGUUGCUGCGUUAAAAAUCUUAAUUGAUUUCACAGUGUUAGAGGGAAGUGCAGAACUAUCCUGGUCCCAUCUGGAGCUCAUCAGAGCCUGACCCGCUUUCCGUGUGCUACGUUAGUGUGUUGCUCCGCUGGGAUCUGUCCCCUCCUCGCGCUGACGAGGAGAAGAAGGCCACAGCCGGCCCACCCUCGCCCGGCUCGACACCACCGGAGCCUAGCAUCACCUACUGCUGCCGCACUACGCCCCAUCCACACACCCAAAAGUUGCUUACAUUACACUUUCUCCCUCCUUCCUCAUUGUAGGUCACUUGGUCCUCCUUCUUCCAUUUUGGAAAAGGGCUUGCGGGGAUAUUUUGCCCUACAAAAAAAAUAAUUAUCUUAUCUCCCUAAUUCCCAAUUAUUAUGCACAGGCUUAUUUAAGAAAAAGGAUUAGAUUUUCUCUCUUUUUUUGUGUGUGUUAGCUGCACCAUCAGGCAGGGGAUGGAUUUGAACGAGAUGCCUCUCUCUUCUGCGGCAGCGAGGGGGUCCUACACAUGGAUGAACUCGGGGAGGAGGGAGCACAGUGAGACUGUCAUGUAAGCCGUCUCCUCUGGGGCCACCUCUCGGUGCGCACUGCUUCCUGCCUUUAGGUAGAAGCGUCAGUGUUUCUGCUGCUGAGGCGUCAGACUGCUCUCGCUCUCCUCUCCCUCCAAACUGCUCUACUCUCAAAGCACGGAAAUGGAGAAGAUCUGCUCAGAGUGCUCAGACUCAACACUUGCACAGACCCUGUGUACACUCUGCAACAAGUGGUUGUGUUACCAGUGCACAGAUGUGCAUCAGCAUCCAAGAGUCCCUGCUACUUCCCAGUGCGCAGACCUGCACCAGCAACAGAGGCCCAGUGCCCCCCAGUGUCCUGAGCAGCACCAGAGAGGCUCCAGUUCCAUGCCACCAACCGGACAAGGCCCGGGGUCGUAUCCUUGCUCCCUCCUAAUGUGCCACUCUCACAGACAGGAGCCCUUGGAGCUGUUUUGCGAGUCAUGUGACCUUCUGUGCUGCAGCAGCUGUCACCUGUCCGCCCACAAAAAACACAGGGUGGUGCAGAUCGAGAAGGCCCUGCAGGAUCAGCAGUGGCUGUUUGAGAGCCUGAUGGUGCAGGUGGAAGAGAGGAGGUCUGCGGUGGAGAACAAUGCUAAAGAGAUAGAGGGCAGCCUUCAUGGGGUAAAGAUUGCACACAGGAAGGCCGAGAACCAGAUUAAAAUGGCAAAGAUGAUUAUGAUGAACGAGCUUAACAAACGAGCCAACCUAUUAAUAGAGCAACUGGAGAAAAUCUCAGAGGACUUUCAGCAGCGUCUGGACGACCAGCUGCAGGGGGCGAUAGAGAUGUGUGGCCAGCUCGACCACGUUCAGAAGUUCAUCACCUGGGCUACGUCCCACCACUGCAGAGGCCCGGUGCUCUUCAGUAGGGCUCUGAUUUCACUCCAGAUGCAGCAGCUGUUGGAGCCAUCACUGCACUCAGAGUCCUGGAGUCCCGUCAAAAUCAAAUUCAACUGGGAUGCAAGUUACUGGAUGAGGCACAUUUCCUCUCUAGGCCAGCUGACUGUUGAAGGGGGAAACUGCAUCUAUCCUCAGAGUUUGUCCUGCUCCAGUAUUAUGAGGCCUCAGCCAAUCAGCUGCUUGGCUCUGCCGCCUGUGUUUCCCAGACGAGAGCCAGGCUGUGGGUGCCAGUCCUGCUGUGAGCCCCAGAUGUGUUGCCUGCACGGCCUCCCCUCUCAGCCAGAUCCUUCCAAACUGGACAAAAGUAAGGUGGAGGCCGCUCUUUAUACCAGCCGCGUUCAACCUGCUCACAUCUCUCCCCCCCUGCACCAGAGCCAGCAGCUCCAGAGGUGCUGGGACACAGAGAGCUCCUCUCACCGGCCUCCCCCGAAAUCACCCGUCCCAUUCGUAACACCCGUCCUGCUCACCUGCGGCCGAGGAGCCACAUCCCUGCUGCAAGCCACCGACUCCCAACCCUACUCUCAGUCCAAAUCUUAUCUAUCUUAUCACCCGCAUCAGAGAGAAGUUCCCCCAGGCAGCCAGGCUCCGCUGAGCGCAGACUGCAGCAGGUCCGGUCAGUGUCAGGGCAAGCUGUCGAUUAGCACAGCUCUGCAGCAGGAGCUCAGCCGAGCAGCGGUGGACAGAGAUGUGAUGACUGAGGAGAGCUGGGAGGAGAGAUGCAGAGUGGAGGAGACUUGUGGCCACGCAGCAACAGGGGAAAGCAGAGAGUUGCUGGAUGAGGAGCUGCAACAGGACAGGGCAGAGCAGGGUCCUGCCUCCCAGCAGCAGCAGCACUGUGCUCCUCCUGCAGCAGAGCUGAGAAAAGAACAGCAGAGGACCAGACCUUCACUGACACUCGGGGACCACAGGGAUGGAAGGAGAUCCACGUCCCUGGAGGUGCCGGCGACAGCCCACGACGGUGUGUCUGAUGUGCCGAGCAGCAGGCUCAGCCCCAGCUCAGCGUGCGCGAGGAGGACCCGACGCUCCCAGAGCAUCCCGGCAGAACUGGCAGCCCCGUCCACCAGCCCUCACACCGAGAGGCCCACAGGAUGCACCCACGCCCCAGAGGCAGGAAAGAAGUAUGCGGAUCCCAGACAGAGGAGAGCGUCAGAUGGGGUGCUCUGUGUUGUCAAGGAAACUUCGUCUGACAUGGCCUUGCCCAGAAGCCACCGUUAUCCUCUACUGUCCUAUAAGACAGAGCCAGAUCAUUGUUUCACUUAUGUAGAUGAAGAGAUUGAUUGUGAGGCCAAGGAGAAGUGCAGGUUGUCGAGGAACGGCCACAACAGUAACGGGGAUGUCCACAAGGACUCAGCGAGGCCCAGGGUUCCAGUGGUUUGCUUAGAGCGUCUGAAGAUACUGGUCUCUCGGCUCCCCCCACACGGACGACGGCAGAGCGACCCUUUACCUGCCGGCUCGAUGGAGAGGAGUGAAACGCUCCCACAGCAGAAACUCUGGCACGAUGCAAACACUCAAAGGUUAUCUGGAGGCUCUGAGACCAGGAGGACCUCCCACUCGCUCACAGCGCCACUGUAUGCUGCCGAGCGGCAAACUCGCAAUCAGUCCACCGCACAGUCAACCAACAGCGAGUUUGAGAGCCGAGGGAGACUCAGCUCUCGUAAGGCAUCCACACCUCCCUCCACAGACCCCAACUAUGCUUCACACAGCUACUCCCCACUGGAUCUGGACUCCAACUCUUAUCUAAAAUCGUUGUCGGACGACGUAGCCUUUUCUCCCGCUGAUCCCGACCCACAGAUAGACUCAGAUACAUCACUGCCUGACUCUGACCCAAACGCGGAGUCUUCAUCGGAGGCUGAACUUGGAGAUCUGGCUGAGGAGAUCUCAGAGGCCGCGGGCGACAUGGGGCCCUGCAGUGACACCGAGAUCGCAGGGGGUUCAGAGCCAAGUCUUGAAUAUGACGAGGACCCAGAAUCAGAGGGAGAGGUGGGAUCAGAGGACGGCCAGGGGCUGGACGCGGACGCAGAAACAGAGUCUGACGUUCAGCCUGAGUAUGUUCCCCGUUUCCUGGUGGAGACCGACUCCAACGUAGCGUCCGAUCAGCCUCCAGACUCUCAGGAGUCCGAGCUGGACGUUGAAUCGGAGGCUGAGUUCACAACUGACGAGCCGCAGCCGCUUCGCUCUGACCUGGAGGAGGAGUCGUCCCCCAUCGGACCUGGUCUGAGGUCACUUCUGAUCGCAAACCCUCUUCCUCUGAGGGGGACGGACGACAUCCAGUCCGAGCAGGACGAAGCGGAGAUGGAGAGUGAGGACUUCUGUGCCGUGUGUCUGAUCGGAGGCGACCUGCUGUGCUGUGACCGCUGUCCCAAAGUCUUUCAUCUGUCCUGUCAUGUCCCGUCUCUGCUGACCUUCCCCACGGGCGACUGGGUGUGCAGCCUGUGCAGAGAUGCUUUGCAGCCAGAGGUUGAGUACGACUGUGAGAAUGAGAGAACAUCUGGAGAACACACGGUGGCACACGGACUGCCUGCAAGUGACCAGAGAAAAAGUGAGCGGCUGACUCUUCUGAUCCUCAGUAACGUCCUGAGCUCUCCCUUCCACGAGCCCGUCAGUCCACUCGCUCGUCAUUAUUACCAGAUCAUCAAGAGGCCAAUGGACCUGUCGGUGAUCAGAGCGAGACUCCAAAAGAGAAACGCUCGGCAUUACAACUCAGCAGAUCAGCUGGUCGCCGAUUUCCAUCUCAUGUUCCGCAACUGUGCAAAGUUCAAUUACCCCGACUCGGAGGUGGCCCAGGCAGGCCGCAGCCUUGUGGCGUAUUUCAACUCCAAGCUGAAGGAAGUUUUCCCAGACCGAGUUUUCUCGGCAGCGGAGGCGGACUCUGACAGCGACGAGUACGACGAGGCGUACAGAACCGCCGAGGGGGGUUUCCUCUGGCCCGACAAGAGGGAGCAGAGCCACAGGAAGAGGAAGAGGAGACACUCGCUCAAGUCGAGGAGACAACACUUCUAACCAGAGGUGAAUGGAGGCAGCUACAAACACAAUUAUGCUAUUAGUGUUUCAUUUGACUGUUCUGUUUAAAUUGAGCAGUGUUUCCAUUCUGAGAUCUGAAAGUACAUGUUUUUUUUUUUUUUGUAGUAAUAUCCCAGUGCUGCCAUCUGAUGGCUGCCGGGACGUGGCGGAGUUAUAUGCGUUCUUCUGAGUACCAGUCGACUUGUUACUGUAUCAUAUCAUAUUUAGGCCAUUGAUGAUUUGCCCCUGAUGCACUGGACAUUUCUUACUGUGUUUACAAUCAGUUAAUUUGCUAUAUAUGCCAUGUACAUGAUACACAGAUGAUGCUGUGGUUGGAUGUUCAUGAAUCUCACUUUGCUUCUUUACUGAGUGGAACUUCUUCGAGCACUUUGAAACUUUGAUAUUAGUCAGUUCUGUAUUUAUUCGUAAAUGUUCGACAUAUUUAUACAUGUGUAACUGUACAGAACUUUAUUUUACUAUCAUAGGUUUGAUAUAGAUGAUAUAUGAUUGUUGAUAUAAUUAUGUGUCUUAGUAGCUUUUAUUUUGAAAAGCAGCAGUGAAUCCUGAGCGAGUGUAACUGGUGAUGGAGCUCAAACACGGCUUUUGUGUUAUCAUGUUGGUCAGGGGAUUUACUGAAAUAUCUAAAUUAUAUUAUCCCAGAAAAUAUUUGUUUUGCUUUAAACCAUAGAUUAAAUUUGUGUGUUCGUUACGUAACUUCUCUAAUAUCUAAAUAUCUCAGGCUGAAUAAGAGUGCAAGGUAUUGAUAUCAUUCAGAAUGGAUUAUUUUAAAAACUUUGUAGAGCAAAGUCAUUUUAAAUUAUUAAUAAUAAGAAUACACGCUGUUGUUGAGCAUUUCCAGUUUUUUUGUUCCUUUACCUGCUUCCUGCUGCUUGAGGUAGAAUUUACUUGACUUUUACAGUAAUUAAUGCACAAGUCUGUUUCUUCUCUGAUCAUCAUCAAGACUAGUGAAUAUGAAUAUACAUGUAUGUAAUGUUAUUUCCUUUUAAAUCAAUAGAUGUGAUCAUAUAUCCUAUUGUAGAAGGGAAAACUGAUUAACUUUAGUUACUGUCAAUCUUUCAUGAGAACUUUUUUUUACUGUAACAGUCAACAGUAAAUGGACAUAUGUUAAAAUCAAUAAAAUGCUUUCAAGAGAAAAAAUUA